AUGAACGAUUGCGUGUCUGCGUUCACGGCUUUGACCGACCCUUUGCAGUCGAACUUAUCAAGUCACAUCGACUCCACCAUCUCGGCCUGGGUGGAGGAGUCCAUGCAGCCACUUCUCGGGUUCUUGUCAUCAGUAGGCUUUGAGGAUAAGGACAUGCCAUCGCAGCUCGUGAUUCCAAGCGCGCUCCUGAAGUGGACCGCCCUCGACGAUAGGACGGUCAUCGACAUGAUCUCGCCUGGUAUCAAUGUGGCCGAUGAGAUGGAGGACCGCAAUCUCAAGAUGAGGAUUGCGGUGGCCGGGAGGGCUGUGCGAUUGGGCUUGGCAGUUGCAAGGCUGAUGGAGUUCGAGGUUGAGUGCGGUGAGUCUCGUGACAAGAAUAGCUCGACGAAAGAUUCUGCGGCAAUGGUUAAGGAUUUGAAUUCUCGGGCUACGGAUCUCUGCGCAGCUGUUCAGUGUGCCAUCGUUCUGGGCAAGCAGGAGGAUCUCGCAAAGUCUCUUGGGAACUUGGAGAAGUGCGGGAACUUCCCAGUGAAGAUGGAGAUCGUGAACGCCGACUUCGUCGCUCUGGCGCAGAGUUCUGCCGCGAAGGUCGAGGCGAACCUCGUAGAGUGGGAGCCGCAGGGCGAGACUUUGCUGAAGCCAGAGUCCCAGGCGCUCGUGGACAAGAUCCUGGGCAAUCCAGGGCGCAAGGAUCUUGCUUCGCUGGCUACCAAGAUCAACGAGCUCAUCGGGGACAACCGCGGGGUGGAGGUGUUCCCAGAGGCGGAGUUGACGAGGGCGUCUGCGGCAGCGACGUCGGCCUUGAAGCUGGUGAGCGUCGCGUUCACGCUGUGCCACAUCGCGGGGGCGUGGCCGAAGAUCAAGGGCUGGCGCAACCAGGAGGGCGCCAGGGUCAAGAUGAAGGAGGCUCACGCGACCAGCGCCUUCAAGGACUCCUGGGAGUGCCUGCCGGGGGCGUUCAAGUCGUGCAUCGACACCUUCGGGGCCAAGUAA